CUCUUCCGGACUACAACGACGAAGCACGGGCAAGCACCGGUUGAGACGGACAACGGUCGUCCCAAAACCGGCGACGACCAACACAGAUACCGGGGGAGACCCACCCAGAUUCCGGUGACAGCCCACGCAUAUACCGGCGACAACCCACGAAGCUGACCAGCCUUUUUAAUAGCAGCAUUUUCAUAAAGAUGAAGAUUGCAGUAGAAGGAUGUAUGCAUGGAGACCUAGACAAUGUCUAUGCUACCUUAUUACACUUACAAGAUGUGGAGAAAAUAAAGAUUGAUCUUCUGAUAUGUUGUGGUGACUUUCAGGCUGUUAGAAACAAGAAGGAUCUUGAAAGUUUAAAUGUGCCACACAAGUACAGAACCAUGAACUCUUUCUGGAAGUAUUACUCAGGAGAAAAAGUAGCACCAUUCCCUACUAUUUUCAUAGGAGGCAAUCACGAAGCUUCCAAUUACAUGUGGGAGCUAUAUUAUGGAGGUUGGGCAGCACCUCAAAUAUACUUCCUUGGAUAUGCUGGAGUAAUCAAGUUUGGUAAUAUUCGUAUUGGGGGCCUCUCUGGUAUCUAUAAAUCAAAUCACUAUGGAUUGGGACAUUUUGAAAAGCUUCCCUACAAUGAGCGAGAUAUUCGAUCCAUAUAUCAUGUUCGUGAAUAUGAUGUUCAUAAGCUUAAGCAAGUUGAAGAACCAAUAGAUAUCUUCCUUUCACAUGACUGGCCCGUGGGUAUCACAGAUCAUGGAGACGUGAAGAGUCUUCUUCGUAAAAAACCUUUUUUCGAGGAAGAGAUUUGCGAAGGAACUCUGGGAAGUAAACCUGCUGCAGAAUUAUUGGAACUACUGAGGCCAUCCUAUUGGUUUUCUGCCCAUCUACAUUGCAAAUUUGCGGCUUUAGUUCAACAUGGAGAGGAUGGUCCAACCACCAAAUUUCUCUCUCUCGAUAAGUGCCUCCCUGGUCGGAAUUUUUUGCAAGUUAUUGAAAUAGAGUCAGAACCAGGGCCUCAUGAACUCCAGUAUGAUGAAGAGUGGUUAGCAAUUACGAGGAAGUUUAAUUCCAUCUUACCUCUGACAAAAAGGCGUGCGAAUUAUAGUGAUGCAAGAUUUAACCUUCAAGAAUGUCGCAAUUUCGUAAGGAAUAAACUUAAACUAAGAGGAGCAAAACCUUUCGAUUUUGUGUGCACUGUUCCUUGCCACAGUACCAGUCAGCCUUCUGCUAAUGAUGCCUUUUCUGGACACUGCCGAAAUCCCCAAACAGAAGCUUUACUACAGCUCCUUGAACUUGAAUAUCUUCUUGAUGGCACGUCAGGAUCAAGGGAGCUUUCUGGAAGCUCAACAUCUAGUUCGUUUAACUAUUUCUCUGAAGAUAUACCCAUUGAUGAUGUGAAUGAUGUAGAUGAUCCAGAUGAGGCUGGAGAUGGAGACAGUGAAAAUGAACAAACAUAGAACUCGUCUAAUAGGUUGGGUGCAUAAUUCCAUUAGGUCAGACGAAGAGGGGCGCUUCAUAGGGUAGGCUAGUAUGGUACGUGAUUAACUCGACGAUAUCUAGAUUGUACUCCCUUCGUCCUAAAACUAUCUUCCCACUUCUCCUUUAGCUCCGUCCUAAAACUAUCUUCCCACUUCUUAAAAAAGGAAGUAAAUAGACUAUAUUACCCCCAUCUGGCUUCCUCCGUCUUUCUGUCUCCCGUCUUCUUCUCUCUUCGUUCUCCCUCUUCGUCAUCACUUCUUCCUCUCUCCCUUCAAUUCCUCCAUCUCUCAUACCCAGGUAAUCCUCAUCUUUUCUCCAUCUCUUUGGGAAGGUUGAUUUAGGACGGAGGGAGUAAUUGGUUAUGUUGUACCAUAAAUACUCCACCCUCAUUGGAGAAGCCGAGAAGGGAUUCUAUUUUAGUUAUUCGUUUGUACUCUUUGAGCUUUUAUCCAUGUUGAUUUAUAUUCUUAAUUCUUGAUAUAAUAUUUACGGCUGUGUUCGGAGAAUUUUUUUUUAUCAUUUGGAGUUUUUAUUGAGAGUCUCAAUCGUGCCUAUCAUUUACGAUGAUCGGAAGGGAAGGGAAUCUGCAGGAAGGAGGGUGGCCACAGGCACUGUGUUGGAGUUGU